CCCCUGUCUGCCCCGCAGGCGGGCGGCUGGCACAGACGGCAGCGGCCGCCGGACGCGCACCAUGAUUCCCGGCCCGCUGCGCCCGCGGCUGCGGUUCCUCGUGCUGGGGCUCGGGUUGGCGCUGCUGCGCGCCGCCGCCGGGGAGCCGGUGCCAGGCACCACCCCUUGCUCUCGCGGCAGCUCCUGGAGCGCAGACCUCGACAAGUGCAUGGACUGCGCGUCGUGCCCGGCGCGACCGCACAGCGACUUCUGCUUGGGCUGCGCUGCCGCUCCUCCAGCCUCCUUCCGGCUGCUGUGGCCCAUCUUGGGGGGCGCCCUGAGCCUGGCCCUUGUGCUGGGACUGCUUUCCGGCUUCCUGGUCUGGAGACGGUGCCGCAGGAGAGAAAAGUUUACCACCCCCAUCGAGGAGACCGGCGGGGAAGGCUGUCCUGGCGUGGCGCUGAUCCAGUGACAGGGAGCGCCCCCUGCCAGGAGGAGGCCUCACCUACUCAUCAUUCAUUCAUUCAUUCACUCACUCACUCAUUCUGGAGCCAGCCCCUGCCUCCCAGACUCACAGCCAGAGCCAGCCAGACUGCUCCAACCACAGGGGUGUGGAAGGAUGGGGGUCGGGUGAAUCACUUCUCUGAGGCCUGGUCUCAGGCUCCAGAGGAGCCUUCCAAGGUGUCUGACCGCCCUGUCCCUGGCUCCAGGACAGAAAAGGAGACCCAAGCUGGCUCACACCAGGCAGCUGACACUAAGGAACCGCAGCAUUUGCACAAGGGGGUCCCCCUCCCCACCAUGGCCUGGGGGCCAGGCUGACCUGAGGGACAGGCACACCACCAGGCCCCACCCACUCAGAUGUACUGAAAUUCCACCAAGGGGUCUCACCCUGGGGGGUUAGGGACCUGUUCCUAACACUAGGGGGCUGGCCCUCUAGUGGGGCUGGCCCGAAGACACUGCCCCUCAACCCCAAAAGGGGGGGAAAUAUUUAUUUUGGGGAGAAAGUUUGGAGGGGAGGGAGAAUUUAUUAAUAAAAGAAUCUUUAACUUUAAA